AGCCAUCCUUGUCUGACUGGAGAAUAUGCGCUAGAGGUCGGAAAUUUUAUAGAUGGAGGGAUUUAGGGUGCAUCCAUACACCCUGCGGUCCUUUACAGUCAUAUUAUACACCCUCUGCCGGUAGAGGUACGCAUGUAAUAUUGUUAUUGUUACUGUUAUUCCAGAGCUAUGAGGCGUAUCCUCCCCCCCCUUUCCCCACGAAGUUUAACUUGAAUCUUGGCAUUUCUUAUAUCCUUUGAUAUAUCGUCCUCUCAAAUGUCCGUAUACUUUCCUAUUCAUUAUCAAAAAUCUAAGCUUUAUUCAUAAUGGCCGGAGACGAUGCAGCCUACUAUAUGCGUCCCGGGCAUGUCGUCGCGGCUGCAAUAGCAUUGUCUGUAGUCGAUAUCGUGGCUGUUACUCUUCGGUUCUGGGCACGGAAGGUUCAAAGACAACCCCCCAAAGCGGACGACUGGUUGAUGAUACCAGCCACGGUCUUGACUGUAGGAAUUGGUAUUGCUGAAGUUUACGGAGUCUCGAAGAGAGGACUUGCAUAUCGCAUUGAAGUACCAGAAGGCUAUACGGGGAAAACUUCUGACCUAGUUACGCCGCAGUUAGCACUCAAAGCACAGAUCGAAUGGGCCUACCUCCUCAUGCUUCCCCUAGCACUGGGAUGUACGAAAGCGAGCUUCUUGUUCUUCUACAUGCGCGUCUUCGCGAUCCAAAAACGCAGCGUCGUCAACAAGAUCCUCAGAGUAUCCAUUGCUUUUACAGCGGCGUGGAUGAUCGCGUUCUUCUUCGCAACACUCUUUGAGUGCAACCACAACUUCUGGAGAAUCUGGAACUCGGAAACGGAGUUCUUGACGCGGUGCUCUUACACUGUCAACUUAGUUCUCAUACUCUGUAUCACGGACUUCGUUACCGACAUAUUCAUACUCUUCAUACCUGUUCCACUGGUUUUACGGUUGAAUCUGUCUAAGCCCAAGAAGAUUAGUGUUUGUCUGAUGUUCUUUCUUGGGGGAGUCACUGUCAUAGUCUCUUUGAUAAGAUUCAUCAUGAUGGCUGGAAGUUUCAUAGGUAAUUUUGACAUGACUGACGAUAACAUCCUCGGAGUAACGGCUUGCCUGUACUGGGGUAUGGUUGAAAGCGGCGUUGGGGUGUUCGCCGCAUGUCUUCCAACGAUCCAAUUUCUCUUCAGGAAAUUUAUCUGGGAGCCGGCUCUGAGCUCCAGUAAGAGCCUAUUUAGUUCCCGAUCUUCCCGGACCGCCGGAUCUAGGGACGCCAUUCACGUUGACCAGACGUUCGGUGUUACCUACGACAAACUACAUAACAUCAGUAGUCGCGGAACCUCCCCGUCGUAUUUGACACAUGCUCCGAGCAACCAAGUUUCUCGUCAUUCGUAUGUCUCGUGCGACGAUCGCCUUAGGACGGCUAUAUAAUAGGGGCUGAAUGCCAAGCUUGUGGUCAUAGCUUCGAGAUCAAGAUCAUAUCUGGUUCGGUCCACAUCACAACAAAUAUUCAACGAUAAUACUUAGGUACCUAGUGUGGUCCCGUUGAUUCAGUUCUAGUGGGGGGUAUGAGAGGAAGCCAGAAGAACAGAUAAUUGUAUAAGUAGUGUUAGUUACUAGACAGCAGCGUUGCUUACUUACCUACCUAGUAUUAGAGAUGGUUAAUUGAGGA